AUGGAAGAAUUCAAGUAUACCCCUCUCAAUCUGGAGAGGCCUGCAAUACGACUACUCAGCUUACAUCCUGGAAAUGACGAUAUGAUGAUAUCUUGCGAGCUUUUCCAGGCAGAAUUCCACCAGCGCGAAAAUAUGCUUCCUUAUGAAGCUCUCUCGUACACCUGGGGUAGCUCUGAGCUUUCCGACAUCAUCCAUGUCAACGGUUGUCACCUGGGGAUCACGCAUAAUCUCUACAGCGCAUUGGUUGAUCUUCGCUACCAAGACCGUCAACGUGUCCUGUGGAUCGACGCAGUAUGCAUUGACCAAAAAAACGACAAGGAGAGAGGACAUCAAGUUGGACAAAUGGGAAAUAUUUACGAGGAAGCCGAUCGUGUGAUUUUCCGCUUAGGUUCGGGAACAAAUGAGACAGACCUCUUUAUGGAAAGCCUGCAGCGGCUGCAGAAAGAGAGCAUACGGCAUGCUUGUAGAGCCUGGUCGCGCCAGGAUGGACGCUGGAAAGACCUUUGGUAUUCAUUCCGACCGAUUUUGGAGGAAUAUGAUGAUGAACUCGCGAACUUACAGCAAGAAGGUCUGCGGGAGAUUCUGCAACGACCGUGGUUUCGCAGGGUUUGGAUUCUACAAGAAGUGGCAUUUGCAAAGGCAGGCACUCUGUCUUGUGGUACAAAAUCUGUGUCAGUCAGCCUUUUUGGCCUUACUCCCCUGCUCUUGGGAAUCACCCCCGAUGCACACUGCCAAUCUGUAUUUGACAUUAUGCCAUCUCCCUGGAGAAAAUCCACAUGGUGGAGCGAGAGUCGAAGCCUUUAUAGGCUCCUUUUGAAGUUUGGGAGUAGUGAAGCGACAGAUCCUCGAGAUCUCGUUUACGCGCUACGAGGCAUCUCUUCCGAUUUGGCGGGAAAAUGCGACGACCCCCUUUUCCCAGAUUACGAGAAACCACUGGAGAAACUUAUUUACGAUGUUAUCCAGCAUAUUUACGAAUUCGAUGUGACUUACAUCUUGAAGGAAGCGCCGCGCUUAUCUUCAAUACGAGAAGUGGUCAGCAACUUUCCGAGACUCGAGACAGAUAUCUGCAGGUAUCUAGCAGAAAUGUCACUACCCGAUCACAUGGAGAGGAUUCUCAAUAAAUAUAAAAUCCCGGUUAGCCAGGAUAUGAUCAAAGUUGCAGCACUUUACGACAAAGAGGGCAAGGUUGUCAAUGUUUUGCUUCGGUGCAGUGGAGGACAAUUAAAAAUAGAUGACGAGGUUUUGUUAUGUGCAGCCGCAAACUUGAACGGCGCCAAAGAAGUAUUUGAAGCUUUCUGGUACCACCAGAAUCAACUCAUCAUCACUGAAGAAAUUCUCAUCGCCACCGCGAAGAACUUAGGAUCUGGCCAUUCAGCGAUGUGUUUUCUUCUAUCCCUGAAGACCCAAGUAUAUAGAAUUGCCCCAAUUUCAGAAGCGAUAACCUGGAACACACCUGCGAGUUCAAGAGAAGAGAUUAUCCGUAUGCUACUAUUGCAGAAAGACUACAGGAACGAUACUAUACCGGAAGUUCUCACUGCUGCUUCCGAGAUCCAAGAUUACAAGUUACAAAAAGAGAUUAUAACAACACUGCUGCAGCAGAAAGACUACAGGAACACUACUAUACCAGAUGUUCUUACUGCUGCUGCUAAAAUUCAAAAUCAUGAAUUACAAAGAGAGAUUAUAACAACACUGCUGCAGCAGAAAGACUACAGGAACGAUGCUAUACCAGAAGUUCUUACUGCUGCUUCUAAGAUCCAAGAUUACAAUUUACAAAAAGAGGUUAUAACAACACUGCUACAGCAAAAAGACUGCAGGACCACUACCAUACCAGAUGUUUUUACUGCUACGGCUAAAAUCCAACAUCAAGAUUUGCAAAAAUUAAUUAUAACAACACUGCUGCAGCAGAAAGGCAGCAGUAAUAAUAUUAUAUCAGAAGUUAUUACCGCUGCUAUUAAUAACCGAGAUUUUGCUUUAAAAACUCUCAUUAUGAAGACACUGCUAGAGCAGAAAGGCAGCAGUAAUAACAUUAUAUCCGAAGCCAUUACUACUGCUGUUAAUAUCCGAGAUUUUGAUUUACAAGUUGAGAUUUUAAAGAUGCUACUGCAAAGGACAGAAUUUAUGGCGGCUGCUGCUGAAGUCCAAGGUUUCAAUUUACAAACAAAAAUUAAAGCUAUUACUGCUACUGAUGGAAUCCAAGACUCCGAUUUACAAAUAAAAAUCAUCAAGGUUCCAAUAAAGCAGAAAGGCAAUAAUGCUAAUAUUCUGUUAGAGGCUAUUACUACUGCUGCUAAAAUCCAAGAUUUCUCCUUAAAAAAUAAAACUAUUAAAAGCCUAUUAAAACAGAAAGGUAAUAGUCCUGAUGUUAUAUCAGAAUUUAUUACUGCUGCUGGCAAGACUCAAGAUCCCUUUAUCAAAAGGGAGAUUAUUGAGAACCUGCUAAAGCAAAAAAGUAACAGCAACGAUACAAUAUCCAAAGGUCUCACCAUCGCUACAAAUAUUCAACCUUUUGGUCUCAUGAUGAUAAAGGAUUUUGUUCGCAAGAACCCUGGGUUUGAGAUUUCCAGAGAUGCUGUUAUAGUUGCCAUGAAGAAUUGGCCAGGCAACACGGAUAGCCUCCAAGUACUCUGUCGUUACUUUCCGUCUCUCAAUCCAGGCCGCAAGCAGAUCGGCUGA